UUUUGCACCGGCACGUAGCAAAACCUUGGCUAUGACCCGCUAAACGGCAAGAACGCGUGGAAUAGAACGUGCGGCUACGCGUGUUAUAACGUGUGCUUGCAAAAACACGCUGCCGUAUCGGAAUUAGAUCCGAACUCGAUCACAAUACAUUUUCCCUCUCUGUACGCAAGUCCCUCCAAUAUGCCUCUGGCCAUGACCACACCGCGCACUCGCUUGAGCGACGACCGCAAGCGCCACGUCUACAUGAUCGCACAGCUUUUGAACGACAGCGCGUCCAAGGCGCCGCUGCCCCCCCACGCCCGCUCCAAGAAGGUUCUGCGCCUCGCACUCAAGAUGGAACAAAAGCUCUUUGACGCGACGCACGGCCGCAAACUCAGCGACACAUCGAUCCAAAAGUACCUCGUGGUCCUCGCGGCACGCGCUUGCAAAAGCUGGGUGCGCACCGUGCCAAUGUAAGACGACGUAUGUCUUUUUUCUAGUAUUUAUUUCGAUUUAAAUUCUUUUCUCGCCAUCGCACGACGUAUCGCGAGCCGACUGGUGGCUCUGCUCAUCAGCACGACCUCGCACCAUUAACGAGAGGGGCGACACCGCAUUACACCCACCGACACCGAGUUUUUCCUUCACCCCGCACCACGGUCCUCGAUAUUAGUCAUUAGAUUGGUUGGACGCACUGUCUACUUCAAAUCAGCACCUUUUCUGGCCACGGAAGUCGUUCAAAAUGGAGUCAACGGACGCAUGGCAAAGGUGUUGCUGCGAUACGACGAUAUUGUCAAAGUCUCUACUA